AUGCGAUCAAAAGAUGCGAUUCUCGGAAUUCUAUUGGUAAGCCUCAAGCAAUUACGUUUUUUCUCGAACUUCAUUCAUUCAUUCAUUUCAAGUGUUUAUUCGCCAUUCCGCAAUCAGCACGACAAAUACAAAAAAAAUAAAAUAAAACAUCAAAACAAUCAAAUAAAUCUAACAGCUGAUCUGUGGAAACGGCUGGAGGAAAAGAUUGUCUGAGUAGACGGUGCUAACCCCCAUUUGGUAUUUAAGUUUGUUCUUUGUUUUUUUAAUAAGUUAGAAUUUUUCUAGAUUUUAGUAGGAUCUAAUGAUUUUAAAAACGAUGUGUUUGAUUCGAACCAUGAGGUGAGCAUAAUCUGAAACUUGCCGAUUUCGUAUUCAAUGAUAGUUUCUCUCUCCAGUUGGUUCCAAAUAGGUAUGACUGUAUGAUUUAGCAAGCGUUGUUUGAUCAAUUCAUUCAACUUGAGUAUAAAAACAACCUAACGGAAAAUUUCUUUUAAAAUAUCGGCCUGUUUGAAGUUUCCAGAAAUAAAUAGAUUUUUUGAAGUGUUCCGCCAAGAUUUCCUUUUUCGAAAACUCGCUCAAAGCUCUCAAAUAACGUCCCACUUGAACCUGUCUUCAUCCAAUAGCUUUUUCGAACCUUUUUCCGGAAAAGAGUUGAUCUUUCCGUCUGGAAUUUUUGUCUUCAGAUAUUUCGUGAGGUGUCGACUUUUGGGUUCGACAAUGAGAUUAUUGGACCUCCACAACUGGAGUGCAAUCCCGACGACAUCACCUUUCUCGUGGCCACUCGAAAGCCGUUCAGGUUGGUAUAUAAGUUCGCUUUAAUUUUCCUUUUUUUUUAAGGUCUCAAAUAGAAUUUUUCGUUGUUUUUUCUCGAACGACCACGUCAUUUCAGAGGCAGCGUGUUCGUCCGCGGCCACUUUGACAACGUCAACUGCCGCCGAAGUUUCGAGUCGAAUCUCGACGCCCCAGCUCGUCUCAGUGUGCGGCUUGGCGACUGCGGCAUGAAACGGAUGCGGCAGGUGGUUUUUCCUGACUCCGAUUGGACCUUUUUCAUACGUUUUGAGGACAAUUUGAGAUAAUGGAUUGGGAAAAUAAGAUAUAAUUUCGGAAGUUUUUCUAGACUCAUAAAAUUGAAACUUCAAACAGGUACAAUACGCGUUUACCAAGUUUACCAGAGAAAAAUGGUCAGAAGCUAAUUUGAAAACUUUUUAACCCUAUGUGAAAAACUCUCACUCAUAUAUCCGACUCAUGGCUAGCUUGGGACGCAAAAAGGCCUGGUUUGUCUGCACUCUCCACCACACGUGCACUGUCUCUAUUUUCUCGUGUUAGGACCCUUUUUCGAGGGCUCAAGCGAGCCGAAAAGCUGCAAGGUCCUGUUUAUUGAAAAAGCUUAGUUUAUCUUCUCCUGAAAAGCAAGUUUGAGUCGUUUGCCAUCUUUGCUGAACUACGGUAAGCACAUUUACUACUAUUUCGCGUCUCAAGUUUUGGCGAAUAUGAUCAGGAGUUUACGAGAUGAACAAUAUAAAAGAGUUGAACGUUUUUUUUAAAAGAAUUUUCCUUCUUUUUUUCAUUUUUUUUUCUCAAAAUCUCUUUUCAGUUACAACCUCUUGGUUUCAACAUGGUCCUCACAUUCGUCGCCAAUUUCCACCCGCUUUUCGCGACAAAACAAGACCGAGCUUUCUCGGUUCGCUGUUUCUACGCCAACACCAACGCUGUUGUCAAAGCUGAUAUCGCAGUCAGGUUGAUAUUCGAAUAUUCUCCGAUGAAACAUAGAAAAUAUGGUUUCAGUCCGAUCCCAGCCGAAACGAUGGAAAAGGCGACAGUUCUCGUUCCGAAAUGCGAAUACACGAUAAGAGAGGGAGCCCUUGACGGACCUCCCGUCCGGGAAACCAUCAUAGGAAAGCCGAUGUACCAUCGGUGGGACUGCGAGAACACCGGUCAGUUGGUCCGAUAGAAGAACGUGGCAAUUUUAUGAAUUCUCGAUUUCUGCCGAAAAGUCGAGAUCUUUCAUGAUGAAAAUAUGCUGAUUUAGUUUAUAUUCUCCUUCGAUGAAGUUAUUCAAAAUUAAAAAUGCGUGAAUUUCAGCCUGUCAAGAGAAAGGUUUUUUUUCGGCAAUUUUCCCUCUACCAAUAAGUGUUUAAUAUAAUAAACGGCUCAUUUUAAUCAUUAAAUAUAAAAAAAAUUGUUUUUCAUCAACUUGUGCCUUCUUUGCCGUUUGAGUUUUUGAGCAAACCGGUGAAACUAUAAAAAUCUUAUAUGAUUUCAGGAAAUUUUGGAAUCCUGAUCCGCAACUGCGCCAUGAUCGACUCCCGCCUCGGCGAGUCUGUGGCUUUUUUAGACGCCAACGGGUCAGAAAUUCUUCUAUUUUCAACCAUUCAGAAGAAAAACGGCAGACCAGGUCCUUAGACAGUGUGUAAAACAUGGAGGGGACGUUUCUGGCCCCUCCAAGCUUACCGUACCCUCUAAGCGGAUUCAUGAACGCUGGCCUGCCGUUUUUCUUCUCAGCGAGUUUCUUCUUCUCUCCAGAUGUCCAAUUUAUCGCGAAUUCCCGCCGUUGGAGUACGACGCGACGAUCACCUCGGCGUACACGGUCAUCGAGGCGAUGUCCUUCCCUGACCAGGGCAGCAUUUCUUUCGCUUGUCAGAUCCAACUCUGCGACAAACGCGCCAACGAAUGUCUCGCCGUUUCGGUGAGCUCAUACUUGCGAAAGUACAGACCCUAUCAGUCCAAGAGCAGCUUUCCAAAUUUUUUAUGAAAAUUAUGAUCAAUUAUGAUUUCUAAGCUCAGGUAGGUAGUGGUUUGAGAAGUUUUGGUAGGAUUAGCGGCUUUUAAAAAUGCUCUGCCAUGCUGGGAGAGCUUCGAGGCGUGUGAGCACCCGUACGUGGACAAGUACAGCGGUUUCGCACGGAGGAGAAAUUUUUGAAAAAGGAAGAAGUAAGACGGGUAAAGUUAGAGGGAUUCACGACAAAGACGGGUAAGCGGUCGUCCGGUAACGCAUUCCUAUGAAACCCUGAAGUACAGAACUCGACAAUUUCAGGAGGAGAGCUUUGACUUACAUAAAUUCUGAGAAAAAAAUGCGGAUGAUCAGAGCCAAAGUGAUCAAUGGAUUUUGAUCAAUGGAUGAUUUUAUAUUUUGAAAACCAGAAUGUUCUACGUGUUCUUUUAACGUCUGAAAACUGUGAAACCAAAACUAAAUGAAAUUUAGAAUCUUUUGUGAAGUUAAGAUAGGGUUUCGCAUUUUCAGCCGCCUCGCUGUGCUCUAGUGACUCGUGAGGAAUAUGCUCCACACUCUAUAGUCAAUAAUGCAGUUUAUCCGACGGAGGUCAGCUUUUCGUCUUCAAAAACCCGUAAAAGUCAAUUUCAGGUCAUAUCGACAUUUGACGGAGUUCAAGAGAACAUGCUCCCGUUGGACAUGGGACCUCAGAUUCCGGAAGAUCCUUGGCUCAAAGAACCGGUUCCAGUGGAAGACGGCGAGAGCACCUCAGCUAGAAGUGGCCGAGAGACGACCACGCCUGUUGUGGAACAUUCCACUGAAGCGCCGUCUGAGGAAAUCUUGCUCUUGUCUCCAAAUAAGGUGGGAGGGAAAACAUUGAGAAACUUUAGUUCUAUCUAGAACCGGAAGUUGUCCGAUGAAGUGACGACGAAUCAGCUGCCGCCGUGGCCGAUCCCGACCCAUUCUCCGGAGGAAGUCCGUCGAAACGCCCUGGAAUAUCUCAGGAGAGCCAACGUCAUGGAGGAGAAGCACGGUGAGAAACUCCUAGGGUUACAUGGAACUCCGAUGGCUUAAAAAUGCUUCGCCCUUUUUCUGCCACAGAAAAAUUGGCAUUUUUUGGUUUUUUUUAAUAGGAGGUGGUAGUAGAAUGUUUCUUGUAGUCUACGCCUAAUUUAAAAGUAAUAGAAAAAAAGAACUAAAAUCAAAAAAAAAAACACCCACUCUUUGAGGAAAAUGAAUAGUUUUUUUGAGCGAGGUUUCAUAGUUCUACUAGUUUUGAAAGAGAUAUGUCUUUCCUAAGAAAAUGCUCGAUGAGUUAUUAUCAUCUGAUAUAGAAGGGCGAGAGAAACGACUGGCCGACAAGGUGAUGGAUGUCGCGUCGGAGCUGGUGGUACGGCAGGAGGAUGAAGACGAGGAGGAAGUCGGCAACUGGCACGACUUCAACGAGACGAGCCGACCCAAGCGGAAGAUCCCGGAAGCGUCGACGUUGACCUGCAUCUCCGACUGGGCUCUCGUCGUCGUCGGAGCCGCCUUCGCCUCGACCUCAGGCUUCGCUCUUUUCUUCAUCUUCUACAUAUCCCGGCAGCUCUGCAGCAAGUUCGUUGAAUAUAUCGGAGACCUUAACCCUCCGUCACGUGUUCAGGAGCCGACCUGAUUUUUCCGACGUCGAAACGGUUUGUCCUUCGGAACGAUCGUCGCAGAUCAGCGUCGCUUCUCAGUUCCCCGUCUUCUCAAGGAGACUCGGCCACCCUUGCUAUAAUCCCCAUUUGCAAGGUUUCACUUGA